GGCCGACUUAGUCGUUCAGCUGGCUCAGUUUAGAGUUGGAUGUACAAUAUAUCACAAUCUGGUAAUGGGAUCAUGUGAGUUCGCAGACGAGAGUUAAAGACGUCAGAAAAAAAGUACACGCUGGGACGUGAAGUCACGUGGCGUUGCCUUUGAUACUGAGGGAAAAAAACUGCAUGGAAAAUAAGCCUGAGCUGGAGCAGCCGGUAUUGGAGUCAAACACAAUAAAUAUUGCUCGUGUUGCCUUGGCCUUUUGCACGUGCUGUGAGUGCGACCGGGCCACGCGCAAAGGAGCUGCUCACAAUCCGUUACUGAGAGCUCCCACACAGACAGUACUCUGCAAGUGGCCGGGGUAGUACGAUACAUAACACCGCGAAACCAGAGUAUUUGGUUGCGAGGAUUUCGACGGCACGAGGAUUUCGACGGCACUGUGGAAGGAUGAGGAGGAGGUGGUUUCACUGCAGUUACAUCAACGUACUACUUCUCAUCCCACUCUGCUGCUGGCUGCCUCUCCACUUGUAUCUACGUCUCGGGUCACGCACGGGAGGAGCUAGCCCGCAUCCCGUGAGAUCCAAAGACAGCGAAAUCUUGGGUCGUGUCAGUGAUGUACACCACGUUGGAAUAUACACGGGCAGCCACGGAGAGGACGGCUGGGAAAAUAAUGCAAAAAAGUGGCGGGGAAAUAUUCCGGGGAAUAUUGCGGACAAGACUGGAACGAGCGCAGACGAGACUGAUGAUGUAAAAAGGCGGGAGACGAAGCUCGCCAAAGCGGCAGAUUUGCAUGGCAACAAGCCAGACGUUGUGAGGCUCACUGUGAGGAGAAAACCGGAGUCGUCGGAGGUGGAUAAUAAUCCUAAAUUUGAUUUCAAAAGAACGUUGGAGUCGGCCAAGAAAAACAUCAAAUCAGAUUUGUUUGGCAAAAAGGCACAAAUCCCAGAUGCCAAAAAGAUUCCACUCAGUGCCCAAGGCAACAGGACUUCACCGUUCCAGGAACCAGGGUAUAGAUGGCAACGCGACGGGCCGGGGGAAAAUGGUAAACCGGUUAAUUUGUCACCGCUGGAGGAGCAAAACGCUAACGCUAGUUUUGACAUAAACCGGUUUAAUCUUGUGGUUAGUCAGCAGAUCGCCUUGAACCGUAGUUUACCGGACGUCAGACCUCCCAGAUGCCGCUUUCUAAGAUACCCAGUGACCCUUCCCACGACCAGCGUUAUCAUAGUGUUUCACAACGAGGCUUGGAGCACUCUGCUCCGCACCGUCACCAGCGUCAUCAACCGAUCACCCAGGGAACUACUACGAGAGAUCAUACUAGUUGACGACGCCAGUCAACCCAAUUUCGAUUGGCUACAGAAACCACUUGAUGACUACGUAGCAGGUCUUCCCGUUUCAGUUCGCGUGGAGCGUCUGAAAUCAAGGCAAGGGAUCGUAGCUGCCCGCCAUUUGGGCGUGGCUGUGUCUAAGGGGGAGGUGUUGACGUUUUUGGACUCCCACUGCGAGUGUACCAAGGGCUGGCUGGAGCCACUGCUGGAGAGGAUAGCAAGAGACAGGACUCGAGUUGUCAGUCCCGUGAUCGACUCUAUCAGUGACCGUACCUUCAGGUACAGCGCCUCCACCGGCCUGCCGCUGAUAGGUGGCUUCUCCUGGCUGCCCGAGUUCACGUGGACGGUGGUGCCGUUGCGAGAGCAGCGCCGGGUCAAAUACGAUAUCCACCUGCCUCUCAGAACCCCGACCAUAGCUGGCGGUCUGUUCGCCAUCCACCGUGAGUUCUUCCACCGUCUCGGAGGCUAUGACUCCGGCCUGAAGAUCUGGGGCGGAGAGAAUCUGCAACUCUCCUUUAAGGUUUGGCAGUGUGGUGGCUCAUUGGAGAUCGUACCCUGCUCCCACGUGGGGCACGUCUUUCGCUCCACCACCCCGUACGACUUCCCCGGAGGCGCUGAGCCAACGGUGCUCCGCAACACCAAACGGGUCUUAGAGGUCUGGGCCGAUGCCUACACGCGGGAACUGUUCUACGCCAUGACGCCGGUCUACCGUAGCGUGGAUCACGGCGACGUGAGGGGGGAGAUCGCGCUGAGGGACCGGCUGGGAUGUAAGGGGUUCCGAUGGUACCUGGACCAGGUCUACCCCGAAAACGGACUGCCUUUUGAGUUCAGAGUUCUGGGAGCGAUUAAGAAUGUUGGGAUCAACAUGUGUCUAGACGGUGUUGCAUCACGGAGAGGCGGCAAGAGAGAUGUAUACACGGAUGCCGCGUUGGAACUUUGUCACGGCAGUGGGCCCGGCCAGGUGUUUGCCUACAACAUGAGGAACCAACUGCAGCAUAACCGACAGUGCCUUACUGUCGUUGAGGGCGCUACAGUGGCCCGUCUGAGUUUCUGCAUCGCAGACGAAGGGAGGAACGCAAAUCAACGCUGGAAAUACAACAGCAAGGAGAUGACACUCGUCAACAUAAGAACUAAGACUUGUCUGGAUGUGAAACCUGUGGAAAUAGAGGAGGAUCUUUUCUUGGCGACCAUGAAUGAGUGUGAUAGCGCCCUCUCGCAGCAGUGGACAAUGCACAAUAUCACUAUACGCGGAGUUAGUUGACGUGACCAUAACAAACUAACCGAGAACACUAUAAAUUAAGAAGCAACACCUCAUAUUUCAGUCAGUUUUGUGUGUGAUUCGCUGAUUGCGGAGACGCAUCGAGUUAGCAGCUUCUCCAUCCAUUUGGUACUGGCGAAGUCAGGACAACUGAUACUUUCAGCAAGUUUUGCGGGUGUGUUCUGGUUGAAGCUCGCGUAUUAAAACAUUCGGGAGAAAUUUAGGGCGGGAUCAAAUGCAAGAAAUUACCGCAAGAAAGUGCCUCCACCGUAUGGUUUAUGCACUGAUGAUGGGCUGCAUGGACGGCUGCAUCAAUUUAUCAAUUUAUCAAAUAAAACAAGCAACGAACUGGAACAAACUCUAAAUACCUUUAAAUCAAUAUUUAUCUUUACUUCCAAAAUAACAUCUUCGGCAUUUCUGAUUACAAAGUAGAUUUUCAUUUUACAGAACAAAGGAAAAACAAUAAUAGUAAAAUCAAUUAAACGACAGUACUGCAAUUACUUCUCUCACAAUGUUUUGCCGCAUGAAAAAUGAGAAUGUAUACGGCAUCGGUCACUUUGCGUAAUUACACAUCAAGUUACAUGUAUAUUGACUGACAAAAUAAAACACGCUAAUCCAUUUAAACGGUGCACGUUUGGAUUUGAAGCGCCAAACUUCAUUGGGCUAUAUACCCCCCCCCAAAAAAAAAAUCAACCUGUACUUUUUAUCUAGCACAGUGGGAUAUUACUCUUGUAAGAAAAUCAAUUUGAUCACAUGGAAAUGAGUGCAUAGAUAAGUUACAGCAUGUGUAUGACUAUGAUGAAGUUCAGCUGACGAAGGUGGUCAAAUAAAACACACAAGCUGUUAAACACAUAAGAAUGGGGCCCAAUUUUAACAGCUCUGCCUCCUGUCAAGGGCGGAUCCAGAACACAAUUUUUUACCCCCAAAAAGUAGGUCCAAAAAAAAUACGCGUGGGGUUCUGGGCCCGCGUAAGGGCCCGGAAAUUUUUUGGGAUUUUUGGUGCGAUCUGAGGCAAUUUCUGACCAUUUUUUAGGAGGAAAAGAUGGUGGUGUGUGCAGUGCCUGCCUUUAUUGCGACGUCACUUAAAAUAAAACCAAAAUGGGUUCGUUGGGGGGGGGGGGGGAUGGCCCCUGUUCCCCCACCCCCCGUGACCGCCCUUGCCUCCUGUAAGCAACAAAUACCUGACAUGUAUCCGCUCCGUGCACAAGUAAGUAUCCCUUCACCGACAAAGGAAAUUGGGGGUGACCGACCGACGCCAUCUGCCCGACUGCAAUUUUGCCGUGGCGCGCGGCUGGUGUACGUGCGUCACACACAGAAAUCGGUACGAUGCGCGUCAACCAGCUAAAUGUCCCGCCCACGUCGUUGCUAGGUAAAAGGGCGCCCUCUUUCUAUUCUUUCUCUUUCGUUGGCGAACGGAGCCCAUAACUUGAGAGUAUUCCGCCCAGCGGUUUGCGUAUUUCUCAUUUACAGCAAAUGAUUAACUCUCCAGUCGGUAAUUUUAAGCAUUUCGUGCUUACGGGGUACGAAUUUAGA